AGGAUCAUCUUACACCGGAUAGAUCUCCCACAAUGUUGUGUGUGUAAAGAGGAGGAGGUUCUCAAUGAAACAGAACCACAGAGGAACCAACUCAUCUCUCAUGGCUCUGCAGAAACUGAGAACCAGAAUCAGGAAGGAAUCAAUUCUGAAGACCCAGGAAAAGAGAGAAAGGAAGAACAAAAACAAAAGGAGAAAUAUGAGAAAACCAAAGAGCAGAAAGGCAGAACUGACACUUCAAAACAAAAAAAGCACAAGAAAGCUCACGCAGGGCAAAAAUUAUAUUCUUGUAAAAUUUGUGAUAAAACCUUUUCUCGAAACGAUAUCUUGCUGAGACACAGAAGAAUUCACAAAGAUGAGCGGCCUUUUUCUUGUGGGACUUGUGUAAAGAGUUACAGUGAAAGAGGGACUUUAACUCAUCACAUGAGAAUUCACACAGGUGAGAAGCCCUUCUCAUGUGGGACCUGUGGAAAGAGUUACAGUGAAAGAGGGCCUUUAACUCGGCACAUGAGAAUUCACACAGGUGAGAAGCCUUUCUCCUGUGGAUCCUGUGGAAAGAGUUUCUCUCGAAAGGACGCUCUAAAUGUUCACAUGAUAACUCACACAGAUGAGAAGCCUUUCUCUUGUGGGUCUUGUGGAAGAAGUUUCUCUCAAAAAGGUUAUUUAAAUGUUCACAUGAUAACUCACACAGAUGAGAAGCCUUUCUCUUGUGGGUCUUGUGGAAGAAGUUUCUCUCAAAAAGGUUAUUUAAAUGUUCAUAUGAAAAUUCACACAGGUGAGAGGUUUUUCUCUUGUGUGACUUGUGGAAAAAGUUUCACACAAAAACAACAUUUAUCUUAUCACCUGAAAAUUCACACAGGUGAGAAGCCUUUCGCUUGUGGGAUCUGUGGACAGAGUUUCUCUCGAAAGGACGCUCUAAAUGUUCACAUGAUAACUCACACAGAUGAGAGGCCUUUCUCUUGUGGGUCUUGUGGAAAACGUUUCUCUCAAAAAGGUUAUUUAAAUGUUCACAUGAGAAUUCACACGGGUGAAAGGCCUUUCUCUUGUGGGACUUGUGGAAAAAGUUUCACACAAAAACAACAUUUAUCUUAUCACCUGAAAAUUCACACAGGUGAGAAGCCUUUCGCUUGUGGGAUCUGUGGAAAGAGUUACAGUGAAAAACAUACUUUAACUCAUCACAUGAGAAUUCACACAGGUGAGAAGCCUUUCACUUGUGGUGUCUGUGGAAAGAGUUACAGUGAAAAACGUACUUUAACUCAUCACAUGAGAAUUCACACAGGUGAGAAGCCUUUCUCUUGUGGGUCGUGUGGAAAACGUUUCUCUCAAAAAGGUGAUUUAAAUGUUCACAUGAGAAUUCACACGGGUGAGAAGCCUUUCUCUUGUGGGUCUUGUGGAAAAAGUUUCACUCAAAAAGAACAUUUAUCUUAUCACCUGAGAAUUCACACAGGUGACAAACCUUUCUCUUGUGGGACUUGUGGAAAAAGUUUCACCCUGAAAACAACUUUAAAUGAUCAUAUGACAAUUCACACAGGUGAGAAGCCAUUCUCAUGUUGGAGCUGUGGAAAAAGUUACAGUAACAGAAGUAAUUUAUCUCGUCACAUGGAGACUCACUCUGAUGAGAAGCUAUAGGUCCAAAACAGAUCCGAUCCAAUUUGGCAUCUAAUCUUAUGGAAAAUCUGGUCAGAUGAUGUAAACAGCAAGUUGAACAUAUUAAAGUCAACAGAUUCUUGCAGGCUGCUAGUGAUUCACUGUGAUUGUGUCUUUCACUGUCUGACCAA